GUGUCCAAAUCGAAUCUGUUGGGCGUGCAGAACCAUGCGCAGUUCAUGAUGUCUGUGAUGCGGAAUUUCCGAGAUAAGGUGCGACAAAUGGGUGCGGCACAGGCGCUGAGUGAGUCGCUGGUGCAAGGACCGUCUUACGAGAGUGUGAAGGCGAUUCUGGACCGGACUGGAUACCAGCUGGAGAUUUACAUCGGGAAGAUUCCGAACGAGAUCUACGAGGACGCGCUGAUACCGUUGUUCGAGGAAUGUGGUAAGAUGUGGGAUUUGCGGUUGAUGAUGGAUCCGUUGACGGGCAAGAAUAGGGGAUAUGCGUUCGUGACGUAUUGCGAUAAGAACAGUGCGGCGGAAGCGGCGAAAAAGAUUUUGUUAUUUUCUCGAUUUCCAAAAAAAAUCCCGCAGAAAAACCCGUAUUUGAUACCGUUUUAA